AUGGCGAGCAGCACCUCAGACGCCAAGUCUGCGUCUUCGCAGCGCACUUCACCUUCACAGACGUCGUCCAUCAAGUCCUUCGACCUUUCCUCGAGAUCCCCGCAUCUUGCUGCCCAGAACGGCCACCCCGUCCCGACCAGCUCUGCCGAGCAAUUGCCAAAACCUUCCGAAAAGGCUUCGGUCAAGGACCGCUUGACUCGCAUGUUCUCGACAAAAGACCCCGGUCGCGUUGCUGCUGCAGCAGAUGCAGCUACCUCGAGAAACACCACCCCGGGUAACCGCAGCACAGCUCCAUCCCCGCCGCCGUCGGCGAGCUCGAAGCCUGUCCCUCAGCGCAAGAUGUCCAUCACCGAUGCCAAGGCCAAGACGAACGGCAAUGCGCCGCCUUCACGCUUCGUCCUUAUCCCCGAGGCCCAAGGCGGUCACGAGCACCACCUGAAGUCAAGUCGCCGCCAGGAGAAGCUAACCGAUAUGAUCAAGGGCUUCCUCGGCAGGAAGAUUGAACAGCCAGCCCCCGAAAACGACCUGUCUUUGGUUUCCAGCUGGGUCGACACUCUCAAGCAAGAAAAGGAUGGUCUUGCCACGGCAGAGAAGAAGGGCGUAAGCACUGCGCCUACCACUCUGGUCGAAAAAUACGGCAAAUGCCAGGAGAUCAUUGGCCGUGGAGCCUUUGGUAUCGUGAGGAUCUCGCACAAGAAACUGGAGAAUGGUCUCGGAGAGAAGCUUUUUGCCGUCAAGGAAUUCCGCCGCAGGCCCGAGGAAACGGAAAAGAAGUAUAGCAAACGCUUGACUGCCGAGUUCUGCAUCUCCUCCUCCCUCAGACAUCCCAACGUGAUUCACACCCUUGACCUUAUUAAGGACGCCAAGGGGGAUUUUUGCGAGGUGAUGGAAUUCUGUGCUGGAGGCGAUCUUUACACCCUUGUCCUUGCCGCCGGAAAACUCGAGGUUCAGGAGGCGGACUGCUUCUUCAAGCAAAUGAUGCGUGGUGUCGAGUACAUGCAUGAGAUGGGUGUUGCUCAUCGUGACCUGAAGCCCGAGAACCUCCUCCUCACCACCCACGGUGCCCUCAAGAUCACCGACUUUGGCAAUGGCGAAUGCUUCCGUAUGGCUUGGGAGAACGACGCGCAUAUGGUUUCCGGUCUGUGUGGUUCUGCCCCGUACAUUGCACCCGAGGAGUAUAUCGACAAAGAGUUCGAUGCUCGCGCUGUCGAUGUGUGGGCUUGCGGCGUCAUUUACAUGGCCAUGAGGACUGGUCGCCAUUUGUGGAGGGUAGCUAAGAAGGACGACGACGAGUUCUACGCUAGGUACCUAGAAGGUCGUCGGGACGAGGAGGGCUACCAACCGAUCGAAUCGUUACACAGGGCACGUUGCAGGAACGUCAUCUACUCGAUAUUGGACCCGAAUCCGUCUCGUAGAAUCACGGCGUCACAAGUUCUCAAGUCCGAAUGGGGUCGUGAGAUAAAACUUUGCAAGGCCGGAGAGGAGGGCCUUUAA